AUGCGGAUCAACUUCAACGCCGUGUCUCUCCUGGCCAUCGCCAUGCCCUUGGUAGCCGCCGCACCUUCUGAGGGAAACGUUGACGCCAGUCUUGCCAAGAGGCAGAGGCAGUACCAGUGCGAGACUUCCAACGAUCUUGGUGCCUGCAACAGCGCCAUCACCAAACUUCGAGGCCAUGAGGCCAGAGGCUGUGACGUCUGGUACCCGGUGGCUGAUCUCGCCUGCCUUGGGGCUGUUGCCAACUUCCAGGGCCCUUGCAAGGACUGCGAGCCUUUUUAG